AUGAGCGACCCAGAACAAGUCGAAAUUGUGGGAUCAGAUCAAGUCAAGGAGGAAGUCAUCACGGAAAAGCUUAACCAAGUCAAAGCAAACGCACAAAUCACUAAAGUCGAAAUACUCGACUUCAUCACUUCCGAACAUCAUUCACUAGACCCCAUCAUACGAACACUACUCAUUGACACUUCACAAGACAGAACAUGGAAAGCAUUCCAAUUCAUAGACUCCAUAGACGUCACAGACUACCUAUGGUGGCAAGGACUCAAACACAUGCUCAUGAGAGAUUACGAAGAAGCUCUACCAGACAACUGCUUCCUCCAAGAUGAAGAAGAAGGACCCAUCAUACAACUCAACGUUAACCUCACCGUACCAACAAACACUACCGCUACCUCACUACACACUGUACUCAAAACCAUACUCGCCGAUAACGAUGUUUUCUACGUACAAUUCUCACUCGCAGAAGAAGACCACGAAAUCCCUCAAGAACUCGACAGAAUACUACAAAAGGAUGAUUCCAACAGAUCAACCACGGCAGGUAAGGCAUGUCUACAAGAAGAAAUGGAAAUAUUCGUACAGUGUGGAUGGGCACAGGAUGUCAGUGAAGACUGGAAAGACGUCAUGGAAAAAUGCAUCCAAAUUGUCGCCGGUAAACAACGAAGAGCACCCCCACGAUCCAAUACGGCACCCGCCGUCUCACGAGAUACCAUGACGAACGCACGAGAAAAGUCACCCAAAGGACGAGAGGCACCGGCCAUUAUGCCCGCACGACGAUUGAGACGAACCAGUACCGAUCUCUGCGAUGUAGAGACCGACUCCAAUAACUCGCUCGGGUUCAACAACAAUAACGGCGACGAUGAUGCUUGCGAACUCAACAAUUCACGACGUCGAUCGGCACCACGAAUUCCAGGCCGCAAUGGACGACUCGCCAGAGAAGCACCGCAACGAGCCAAAUCCAUGAAUGUACCGCGAUCCCAGAAUGCAGCCGAUCGACUCGCCAUGUUGGGUGCCAGUGGCAGUAGUAUGGCCAAGACGACACCGCCCAGUCGGACGCCCAGUGGACGCAGCACUCCCGGAAGAACAUCCAGUGGAAGAGUCUUGCCCUCGAGAACGUCCUCGGGACGAGUCGGUGUCUCGCGCUCCUCGUCGGGACGAGUCAGUCGGAGAGUCACGGAAGAAGAAGAGGAAGAUAUCGAAGCAGAGAACGAGGAGCCACGACGAAGGGCUCCGCCGCCUCGUACGUCCAGUGGACGGGGAUUGCCCAGUCGAACGGCCAGUGGACGAGUCACUCGAGGUAAUAAUUAA